AUGAUUGUGCCUGUACCGAGUUGUGGUUGUGAUAAGUCGAAAGACUAUGUAGAACAUCUCCAAGAACAGAGAUUAUUGCAGUUUCUGGCUAGUUUAAACGAUUCAUAUAAUCACACUAGACGACAAAUUUUGCUUAAAACAAAUGCUCCAAUUGUGAAUCAAGUGUAUGCAAUGAUAAUUGAAGUUGAGAGUGAUAAAUCCAUUGGCGUGAGUUCUGGUAAUGCCGUUAGUCCUAAUGAUCCAUUGGCUUUGCACUUUGGUGGUGGAAGAGGACAUACCUACCAAGGAUCUACUGGGAAAGAUUAG